GAACACAUACACUCCCUCUAUCACUGCUCUUUUAUUUUAAAUCGUCUUAGAGCUCUUUUCAAGGUACGUUUUAACAACGCAGUCAUUUAUCUGCCUCAGUUCUGCUGCAAUUCCUCAGUCCUCUAUCUCUCAGAACCCCACCUUCCCGAUCUGGCGGUCACGCUCUCCUGCACUCCAUUACCCACAUACCCGCAGUCCAGAUCUGGGCCGGUGGGCUAUUGAGUAUAUUCCAAGCUAUAUAGACGCAUUUCAUCAAGGCGCUACCAGCUCACAAAGGACUCUUCCUCUUGCUGAUGAUAAGCGUCGCCGCAGCAACAAUUUUCUUGAGCAAUUUGUCUCCAUCAGCGGUACACCAAGAUCGAGUGGCUCGAAAGCGUUUCAAGUCACUCUGCACAAGAUUGUUCAAACUUGUGUGCAUCAAAAGCCUUUCAUCUUUUGCCUUUCAUCUCUUGUCCUUAUCUCUUGCCCAAGAAGCUUUUGAUUCUGCGCCAUACUGCCCAGACUCGUCAACUGAAUUUCAAGGGCAACCGGGGAUACCACAUACAAUCUCAAGGCAGCAGCUACAUACAUAUGGAUGCCAAGGUUUGUAUACUAUUUCUCCUUUGGCAUAUGCGCCCAAUCCCUAUCGCUCCGCUGUCUCUUUGCAAUUCAUAUCACUCUUUUCCACUUUCAUAUUCACCCAUUUCCUUCUACCCCAAUCUAAACUUCCCCGCUCUAUAAAUCCAUUUGCGGAAUAGCUAGCACAUAGCUGUACCCACAUACCAAAGGUCGGACAAGGUGUCCAAGCAAUAAAAGCUGACAAAGGUCUCUAUUUUCCAGAUAGUUCUUACUUUCUUCAACAACUUUAAAACAACGUACCACCAGCCAAAGCUUAGCGAACAUGCCAUCAAUCGAUGGGGAUAUCAGCAUGACCGACUCACUUGGCCGUAACCAAGAUCUCGAAAACAUCGAACAACGAAUCAUCAAGGUUGAGAAGCAAGAAUCUGCCCACCGUGGUACUGUUGUCACUCCAGCCAAACCUGGUGCAGCUUCUAGAUUCACAGCAACCCCAGCGACCACGAAUCGACUCAUCGCCUCAAUCGAAGCAGAUGAGAGCUAUGACCCUGUCACGCCCUCCAAGUCACUGACCAGAGGUAGUCGGGGCAAAGGGACAAAGAGGGCCGAAUCACAAUCUCCUAAAAAAGCUGCCAGUGCUAAGGCCUCGGCUGGCAAGGUUGUUAAGACUCGACAAAGUCCAAGUAAGUCGCCAAGAAAUUAGUUGUUUUCUUCCUGGCCGAUACUUUGUUUCUAGUCGAAACCUGAUAUUCCAUGGUUGAGCUGACCGUCCCUGCAGAGAAAAAAGACACUAAGCCUGGCUUAAAGAAUCCCCAAGCCGCGUUGCUUGGUGAAACUAUUGCUGAAGAUGACGAUAAUGGUGAAGACUGGGAAGAUGAGAAUGACGAUGCUAGAUCAGAUGAGAAUACCUGGAGCCAAGUAAAUAAAGUUAUCGGAUCCACUGGCAAGCCAACUCAUCCAAAUGGUCGAGCCGAAGGUCGUAAACUUGUUUCAUGGCAUAGUAAGCUUCGGUUCUUUUCAUCUGCUAUGAGUACAUAGAUUAAUCUUCCAUAGGAACACGAAUGAUGGAGAAGCUAAUCUUGCACAUCGUGUUCGAAUGUCGCCGUGCUGAUAUCAAUCUUCCAUGGGACAAGAUUGCUCACAGGCUCUGCCCUGGCAGUUCCGGUGCAGCCGCACAACAAUACAUCAACAAGAUGCGGGACGUUCUUAUCACAGAAGGCCACCUUGUUCCUCCUCCUCUGGGAAAGAAGGCCGUGUUGGAUCCAAGCAUUCGUGGAUACAUUCGUGACACAGAUGCUGAAGACCCAAAGGCGUCCCGUUCUGUUGGUUGGCUCGAAGAGAUCGUCGACUUGAAAGAAAGUCUUGUUGUUCCUGGUGUUUCUAGAGGCUCAGGAACCUAUCGUCGUGAUAAGACUCGAUGGCAAAGCAACAAGGCAACCAUCGGCGAGGAAACACCUACCAAGAUUGUUCGCGCUCGCGCUCGUCCCGAUAGGCAGCUCUCAAAGUCGACGCCCAAGCCAAAAGAGAAGGUUGUAAAGAUCAAGAAGGAGCGAUCUGAGUCACUUGAUCCUGCCGAGAUGCCAUCAGAUGAUGAUUACGACCCCCGAAACCGUCUUAAGAUCAAGGGCCAUCGCAAGCGGAAGGUUAAGGUUAAGAAUGUGCGUAAGUAUGAGACGGAUGAUGAUAUGGAUAAGGCCACCGAGUCGGAGAAUGAAUCAUUUGGGUACUCGGAUGACGAGACAUACCUUAUAGAGACACCAAGUAAGAAAAAGGGCUCGGGAAACGAUUUGAUGACAUCUUUAGCUGCUUUGCCUGUUACGCUUAAGCUUUCCCCGGAUCUACUCAGUAAAUUUCCUGGCGGCCUUGCUAGUAAAUCUGUUCAAGAUAUGCUUGCAGGUACUGAGACUGAGGACGAUGGAUGUACCGAGGAAGACCAUGAUGAUUCUGAGACCGCUGCCGGCGCUUCUACUCACGAUGGCGACGAUGUUUUUGGUCCAAAGAGCUUUGACCUCAACAAUAUCCAUGGUUUUGAGCUACAAACCCAAGCUUUGUUCCCUCCUAACAACUACGUACGGGGUAUGAACUACAGCUGUAACUUUUAUAGCCAAAAUGAUCCCAUGAGUGCUCACGGUUAUACGUCGGUGUAUACUCCAACCUGCAACAACCACAACUUCUCCAAUGUUCAAGCUACAUCCUUUGAUAAUACUUAUGGCGGCGAUUCAUACCCUAACGACAUGUUUUUAGGCAUGCAAAACUUCAACCCAACAUCCGGUAUUCAUGACGGCUUGAAUUUUGGUGGCUCAAACGAGACAAUGCAUGACAUGAAUGGAAGUCAUGACAACACAAGUUCAUUCAUACAAAGCACUGAAGUCAGCUCAAGCAAUAGUAGUUUUGCACAAGUUCCCGCCAACGCCGAGUAUGACCGGGGUGUAUUUAAUUAUGCCAAUGCUAGCAGCAUUGUUCCCAGUCGGAGCUUUGAAACCCCUGACGCCGAUAGCUGGGUCGAGCAAUUUGCCAGCAACGUCCCCUUCAAGCAUGAUGGCAGUCUCUGAUUCGGCUUUUGCGUUCGAAGUUGUAUGGCCCUUGACAUAUCAGCAAUAAGUAAUGAUAUUAUGCCGACUCUUCGUCCAAUGAACCAGCAAUUUUUUCGGGACAGUUCAAUCUGUACAACGAUCUUUUUCUUUCAUUUCUUCUUUGUUUUAACAAUCUAUUUUAAACCAGUUGGAUCCAUACUUCUAUAUCAACUUCAGCAUCUCUUCGCUUUCCGUGGCGCUUGGAUGCAAGGAAGUCGUCAUGAAACAAUGGCCGCCCAAAGUUUCUUCGGAAUUAUUCAGCAUGGUCGUGUGUCAAAGCUGGUUCUUCUACUUAGGAAGUCUUCUUGGCCUUGCGAAGGGAGUAAAAACGGUCCAGAAACAGAAACAUAUCAAACAUGAGCAAGCUUUGCCUUUGCUCUUCCUUUGGUAGCACUGUUGUAUCUGCACGAUUGAUAUUUCCGCGUUGCCUCCUCAUUCGACUAUCGGUUUGCCCUUGUUUCCAAUAUUUUUGAGGCGAAGGGGAGUAUUCGUUUGGAUUUGGAUGCUGAUCGCCUUGAAUGGAAGUUUUACUCGUCAUUUGCUCAGCAGUCGGAAAAGUGGGAGACAAAAGGCCCUGUAUCAUAGAUAGAUGCCCAAUGACAAUUAUCUAUGAAGUCCCUAACACCUUAUGGAAAUGCAUGUGAAUCUUCCGGCUAACGUGAAGAGCGAUUCAGCAGGAGUGCGAAUUGUAGCGUAGUACGACAUCGUAUGUGCUUUGUAGCGGCACAACUUUCCAUCUGUGUUGAAUAACACCUUGCCAUAGGGCAGGCUUGAAAGAAUUUCGUCGUACUUCCAUAAUUUUCUCGGGUUGCGAGACUGACUUGACUGGCCGAGAAGACAAUUUUGUUAUGCAAAAGGGUCCCAGGAUUUUUUGCAUGAAAUACUCCAUGGUGUCUUCAUCCAUCAAUCAUUGAAUGAAAGGGGUCCAAAACAAAUACAAGAUGGAUUCAGCAGGACUAAAUUCCUUUCUCAAUGUGAAAAAGAGCCACGAGUUGGAUUACCCUGUUUAUGCGAGUGAUUCAUUCCACAGAACUGUGAUUCACAACCUGUGAAGCCAUUCGUUUUGGAGGCUGUGUAGGGAGUUGAGAAUGAGAAUUCGUGGUCCAUCUAAAAAGAAUGGAUUGGCGAUCGUAGUACGAGAUAUUUUGGUGCGGUUUUCCAAAUGGGUAGUUUCCAUUCAUUUCGGAGAGCGAAUGUACUUGUGUAAGUGUAUCGUGGAGAGAGAUAUUCUCACUCUUUCGCAACCAAAGUAAGAGUAAUUGUUCUUCUGUUGUUCGCCAAGCGACUGUGUCUUUUCUUAUAUGCGGCCGUACG